AUGCGUGAAGAAUUAGCUCAGAAACUACAUUCCUUGCAGGAACGCAAACGUCUUAUGUGUUCUCGUUCAACGAACAUCCGUGAAAUUGAACUGAAAAAGAAAAUAAUUAACGAUGUUCUAGCAGUUGUGCCCGAAUCAUCGGCAACCGCCACUUAUCUCCAUGCAAUUGAAUCAGAAGUAAGUAAACAAGAUAUAACUCUGCGACCAUGGAAGAAAAGAAAAUUAAUAAAGUCAAUUAAUUCAACAAAUAAAGAGAGUCCCCCUGCUUCAAUUGUUUUAAACGCACCUACUCCUAAAGACCCAAGUCGUAUCCAUGCUGACAGUCUACAUAAAGGCACUUUAGAAUGGCGUUUAAACCAAGCAAUCGAUUCUGGACAGAUUGAUCUUGCUGAAAAGAUAAGUGACUCUAUUGGAUAUCAGUCAUUGUCUACAGCUUCUUCCGACAGAAAUAUUGAUUCGACUUUAAACAAACACGGGGAACACAAAGUAGUGGGAUUAAAAACUCAUCGACCUAUUUGGCUUUUUCAGGCUAAAGAACGAUGGGAAGCGAAAUCAAAUAUGUAA